AUGCAGAUGGACGUGGCCGGCACAGCAAGCAGGGUGGCGCCAAGUGAGGAGGAGGGCGGCACGGGCGGCACUCGAAGCGACGAAGAAGAGUCCGUCUUCAGUGAGGAUUUCGAUGACGACGGCAGCGAGGAUCCGGACCUGCCACAAGUCCAAGACCCCGGCCUCGUCGGGAUGCUGAAUUUCGCUCUGGUGGAAGAGCUCAGUCCGGAUAUUUCGAAGGCAGUGCACCUGUCAGACUGCCUCGAGGGCUUUGGCAAGCACUGGCAGGGGCAGAUCACCGGCGGUUUGGGCCACAGCCGGACUGUGCAGGAGAAAGCUCGGCAGACAACGCAGAUUGACGAUUUCAUCUCUCACGACUGGUCGACCAACGGCACAGCGAAGUUUAUCACUCUGUGCACGCUCUACAACGCAAAACCGGCGAUCAUCAUUGCCAUUCUGGUCUCCGUCGCUGGGGGAGUUCUGGAAACAGUCUUUGAGGAGCUCCGAUUCUUGCCAGGGCUCUUUGUUUUCAUCGGACGUGAGAGGAUGGAAGUACCGUCAGCAGGAUGCUUCGGGCUCCUCUGUGGUAUGUGUUCGUAUGUGCUGACGUUGUGCUUCUGGCAGCGUGUGCAGCAUGUGGUUUGCCGACGAAGCCGGAAAGUCUUCAUGGAUAGGCUUUGCAUUGAUCAGAACGAUCAGACAUUGAAGCAGAAAGGCAUCAUGGGACUGGCUGGCUUUCUGAAGCUUUCCAAGCGCUUGGUGGUUCUUUGGAGCCCGAGGUACUUCACUCGUUUGUGGUGCGUUUACGAAAUUGCCACGUGGACGAAGCUGCGAAAGUCCUUGAGGCAGCUCAUUAUCGCUCCAGUUGCACAAGGAGUGUUCAUGGUGCUGGUGCUGGGCGGCGUUUUUGUCGUGAUGGUGAUGCUGGCGGGGCUUGCGCAAGUAGAAAGCUGGGAGAUCUAUGCCACUAUCGUGGGAUCUGUGACGGCAGCAAUCAUGCUGGCACCACUGUACGCUGUUCGCAACUUGGUGUGCGAUCUUCGGGUCAUGAAGGUCCAGAUUGAAUCCUUCAGCUUCACGAGUGCGGAGUGCUACUGCUGCCAAGUCGGCCAUGUCAUACCUGGCACAACUACGCGCAUCCCAUGUGACCGUCAGAUCAUUGGCAACAAGCUGGAAGAGUGGUUCGGGCCGCAAUCCUCGGGCAUCAUUCGGCAGGGCAUGGCCAAGGAGCUAUACUUGGCAUUGGCGAAAUCGGGUACAAAAGCAACUUCUGGAGAGUCGGCACAAGAGCUCUUCGACAGAUAUGUGCAGGAGGUGUUCGGCCACUACAUCCUGAAGAAAGUUGGUGGCUCGCGUGUGAGUUACGCUGUUGCAGUGGCCACAACAUUGCCGGCACUUUUCUAUAUCUGCGACAGGCUUCACAUGUUGACGACAUUGCAGCCCAGACAGUUUGCGCGUUUGAGUGCGCACUACUUUGCCGUCGUUAUGGGCUUCUUUCCCAGUCUUGUCCGGCUGGCGCUUGACUUGACCAUUCUUGCAGACUACCUGGUCCGAAUCAGGAAUCCAUUGGCUGGAAGCCUUUCAGUCAUGCUUCUGGCAAUGAGCGUUCUGACUGGCAUUACCUUCUUCUGGUUGUUUCUGUUCGACUACACCUUGUUUCACGACCAAGUCGUGUACCAGAUUCUCAUGAACUCCGCAACGCUCCUAGUGACUGUCGCUUUGUACUCCAACGAUCUGAGCGACUUCUUUGCUGCCAUGCGCCGAGCCCGGAAGCACUCCCGAGCAACGCAAAAUCAGAAGCCACUGCAGCGCUUGAAGACAAUGAAGACACGCGGCUCUGUGGCAAAGCAGGCAGAACUCUACGACCGAGCCGGCAGGACCAAGGUCCAGCAAGAUCUCACCCGGCAUGAUUUCCACUUGCCCAGACCUAUGCAUUCCGCAUUCUUCGAGGCAGCCCGUGCCAGAGGAUCCCGGGCCGUCGCCGCCGAGCUCUCCGAAGCCUCGGCACGUGACAUUCGGGAAGACAGCGCCGGAUCUGUCGACCCUUGGCAGAUGGCUUGGCAUGACGUGCUGACACUUUUGCCGGCUCGUCUGCAUCCCGCAAUAUCCUGCAAUGCCAAGGACCAGCAUGGUGCUUCCAGGUACACCUCAUGCAAAGGAUUUCCUCCCGAGCUGAGCUCCGACGAAUUCAGGCAGCAAGGCUGUCUUUCAGCAUCGCUGCCUUCCACAGCUGCCCUGGAGCCUAUGGUUGGAAGGGAAGAUCCUAUGAUGCCACUUCUUGGUCACAGCCCGGCAGGGAGCAGCUACGGCUACCACGGGUCGUACCAAAGCCCAAACGACAUUCUACAAAGCUGGAACGCCUCUGCGCAGGAUGCCUUGGCCACGUCCACGAUGUCGGGCUUGUAUUCAUCCCCAGGUCAAGCGACUCAGCUCCAGACCCCGGUGUCGACAAUGGGGUCUCGAGCAGGGGACAACCUGCAGGCCGGGGCCGACAUCCUCAUCGAAGUGCCGCAAACCAUCGUGAAGGAACGUCUCGUUGAGGUGCCGACUGUUUGCACGCAGGAGGUCGUUAGAGCUGUGCCGAAGCUCGAGGUGCAUGAAAUCAUCAAAGAGGUGCCAAAGAUAGAGUACCAGGUUUCGGAGCGAGUGGUAGAAGUUCCAGAGGUCCGCUACGUGGAGAAAAUUGUAGAGGUGCCGGAAGUGCACACUCAAGAGGUGGUUAGAACUGUUCCAAAAAUCGAGAUUCAGGAGGUUGUAAAGACCAUACCGAAAGUUCAGGUACAGGUGCAGGAGCGGAUCGUCGAGGUGCCAAAGGUUUGCACUGUGGAGAAAGUGGUCGAAGUGCCUCAAGUCCAGAUUCAAGAGGUUGUUCGAACAGUACCUCGCCUGGAGGUCCAGGAAGUCAUCCACGAGGUGCCAAAGGUGGAGAUUCGAACGGUUGAGAAGCUGGUGGAGGUACCACAGGUUGCACUGGUGGACAAGUUUGUAGAAGUGCCACAGGUGCAGGUACAAGAAGUGGUCCGACAUGUGCCGAAAUUGGAGGUGCACGAGGUCGUCCGUGAGGUGCCAAAGAUCCAAAUGGAGUACCGGGAAAGGAUUGUGGAGGUUCCGCAGGUGCACUUGCAGGAGCGACUGGUCGAAGUGCCGAAGGUUCAAGUCCAGGAGGUCGUGCGCACCGUGCCCAAGGUUGAAAUUCAGACCGUCGAUCGCAUCGUCGAGGUGCCACAGGUCCAGCUCGUCGAAAAGCUUGUGGAGGUGCCUAAAGUCGAGAUCCAAGAACGACUUCAUCACGUUCCAAAGAUCCACACACAAGUCGUGGAGAAGCUGGUCGAAGUGCCACAGGUGCAGUAUGUUGACAAAGUCGUCGAGGUGCCGCAAGUACAAGUACAGGAAGUGGUCAGGCAUGUGCCGAAGAUUGAGACACAGGAGAUCGUGCGUACAGUGCCGAAGAUCGAAAUCCGAACGGUAGAGAAGAUCGUGGAGGUCCCACAAGUGCAGUACGUCGAGAAGAUCGUUGAAGUCCCGGAGGUUCGUGUACAGGAGGUAGUGCGGCACGUGCCCAAGAUCGAAGUGCAGGAAAUUGUGCGGCAUGUUCCAAAAAUCGAGGUGAAGCUUGAGGAACGCAUCGUCGAGCACCCGCAGAUCCAUCAAGUGGAGAAGAUCGUGGAGGUGCCACAAACUGUGGUUCAAACGGUGGACAGGCAUGUCCCAAAGAUCCAGGUGCAAGAGAUUGUGAAGCACAUUCCGAAGAUCGACGUGCGGGUGGAGGAGCGCAUCAUCGAAGUUCCGCAGAUACAGCACGUUGAGAAGGUUGUGGAGGUGCCUCAGACCGUAGUGCAGGAGGUUGUGCGUCACGUGCCAAAGGUUCACGUGCAAGAGGUUGUGAGGCACGUUCCCAAGAUCGACGUACAGAUCCAGGAGAAGGUGAUCGAAGUCCCUCAAGUGCAGGUCGUCGAAAAGAUCAUCGAGGUCCCGCAGACACAGGUGCACGAGGUCGUCAAGCACGUGCCCAAGCUUCAUGUCCAGGAAGUGGUUCGGCAUGUGCCGAAGGUUGAUGUGCAGGUCCGUGAGCGCGUCGUUGAGGUCCCUCACGUCCAGACAGUUGAGAAGAUUGUCGAGGUUCCGAAGGUGCAGGUGCAGGAAGUGAUUCGACACGUGACCGUUCCUAAGAUCGAGACACGCGAGAGGAUCAUCGAGGUUCCGUGCGUGCAGGUGCAGGAGAAGGUUGUCGAGCACCCUGAGAUUCGAGUGCAAGAGGUUACCAAGCACGUGCCCAAGGUUGUUGAGGUCCAGGAACUGGUCAGGAAUCGCCAGCGACUGGACUGGACCGGUGCGGACGUCUCCAUGGUGACUGCAGGCGGCUCUUUGGCAGCGUCAACCUUGCCACCUCCUACUCCCGGUGCCGUUAACACCCGGUACUACCCUGUGGAUGGAGGAGUAUCUCCGUCUGCAAGAUCCGCAACAACUGUCGACUUCGGUAUGAUGGCAACCCCGGCGUCAACCAUGGGCGCCCCGGUUGAAGCAUCUGUCAUCGAGGUGCCGGCAAACCUUGUCAGCGUUUCCGGUGGUGGUUCGCAUGGGGCGCCUAUGAAUGCUGCAUAUGGUGGCUACGGUGGAGCGCUUCCGCCAGAUGCUGCCUACUGCAACGGAUGCGGACACCAGGUACCAGGGGCUGUCCCUCCGCUGCUGCCUGGCUCCUCGCCGACGGUGUAUGGGCCAGCGACCAACUACAGCAGUGGUGGCACGCAGCUGCCAAACCUGACUGUUGGACCACUGAACCCAUUUCUCCGGUGA